CGGAAAGAAAGGCGCGAAUGUUGACAUUUAAUUGACAUAAUUUUGUUUUGCGCUCGAAUCAUACUUUAUUUAUUUUUAUGAGUGAAAUUGCUUAGAACAUGCUGUAAAUCUUUUUGUAUACAAUCAUGGGUAUUACGGGUUUAUUACCGUUUAUAGAUAAAGCCUCGAGGCGGACUAAUAUUAGUGAAUUUAGUGGCUGUACAGUUGCUAUUGAUUCUUAUUGUUGGCUUCAUAAAGGCACGUAUGCUUGUGCCGAUAAAUUAAUACGAGGAGAACAAACUGAUAUGCAUAUAAGAUACUGUAUGAAAUAUGUGACGAUGUUGCUAUCAAAUAAUAUCAAGCCAAUACUAGUAUUCGAUGGGAGACAUCUGCCUGCUAAAGCUAUGACUGAAUCUAAGAGGAGAGAAUCCCGUGACAUAUCAAAGAAAAGAGCAGCGGAGCUUUUAAGUCUUGGGCAGACAGAAGAAGCCCGUAAAUAUAUGAGACGUGGAGUGGACAUCACUCAUUCUAUGGCACUCAGUCUCAUCAAGGAGUGCAGGAAACGCAAUGUGGACUGCAUAGUGGCACCAUAUGAGGCUGACGCACAACUAGCAUACUUGAAUAUUAAGAAUAUUGCCCACAUAGUUAUUACUGAGGACUCUGAUCUCAUUUUAUUUGGUUGUACUAAGGUAUUUUUCAAAAUGGACCCAGAAGGCGUGGGUACAUUAGUAGAUACAACGAAGCUACCUCUUGUUAUGAAGUGUCCGAUAGAGCGUUAUUCAUUUGACAAAUUUAGGCAGAUGUGUAUUAUGUCUGGCUGUGAUUACCUGUCGUCCCUGCCCGGCAUCGGACUGGCAAAAGCGAGACAGUUUGUUAUUGCUACUCAGGAUUCAAAUUUCGCUAAUGCACUUAAAAAACUGCCAGGCUUCUUGAAAAAGUCUUCCUUGGUGGUGACGGAUGAAUACAGGGAAAGUUUUAUGAAGGCGGAAGCUACGUUUAAACAUCAGUAUGUUUAUGACCCUCUCGAACGGAAAAUGGUCAGAUUGACGGAGCCUGAUGAUGAAGAAAUCGAACAGGCAUUUUGUGUAAAUGCUGGUGAACUGUUGGACUCUAAAAUAGCAUUUGAAUUGGCACUAGGAAAUCUAGAUCCCUUCACAUUGAAGAAAAUGGAUGACUGGCAUCCAGAUCAUAGUAGGAAUAAGAAUGAACCAGUAAAAACAAAUAACUGGAAAGAGAAGGGUGUAUCCUCACAUCCGAGUAUUUGGAGCAAAGAGUUCCUAUCAUACCUUGACGAGUCUUACCCAUGGCGGAAGAAGGAGAAAAAACCGGAGUCUAUAUUACCUGGAGUAAUUACCAGACCGAGGAAGGUUGUCAAUCUAGUCAGUAAAUAUGUUCCAGAGACGCAGGAUCAAAGUUUAUCAAUAGAAACACUAAGCAACAUGUAUUGUACUGAGCCAGCUGCCAAGAAGCAGAAAAUUGACUGUGAUAAUGAACUUAGCGAAACUUCUACACAUAGUACGGAAUAUCAACACAAUAGAACAAUUGAUGAGGAUAAUAGUCCAAACCAAUUUAGUAAACGAAAUGACAAAUCUCCAAUACUAGAAAAUAAAGAGCGAUCUUUCAAGAAACUACUCAAAAAUGGUAACUGUUCCAUACUAAAGAAACUCAGCAGGUUCCCCAGAACGGUCCUCGACAAUAAUGUAGUAGAAAGCAAAUUUUUCUCUUCCAACGAAGAAGCUUCAACCAAUGAAGCAAAUAUAUCUAAAGAAAGUAUAACUAUAGAAGAAUCUCCAGAACAUUGUAGUAGAAAUACAUUUAAAAAAUGUACAAAAAUAGCCGAUGAAGAUUCUCAAAAGGAGAAUUUUGAAUGUAAUUCUAGCCCUGUUAGGCCUGACAGUCCCAUUUUGGAGCCUAGUCCGAAAUGCAAAAGACCUAUCAUAAUGGAUAAUGUUAUGGAUGAACCAAUUGUUGAUAAUAUGGCUAGUGAGGAUUCUGUGAUAGAUAAUACUUAUCCUAUGGAGACUUUGAUUACACCUACUGCAUCCCAAUCUUCUUUCGGUGCAUCGCAAAAGUCGACGUGGUUGAGUAGCCAAUCACAGCCCUUGUUGGGCAGCCAAUUUAAUAAGCAAAGAAACUUGAAUGGUUUCAAAAAGACUGCGCCCAAAGUUAAUGGGGUUAAAAAAACGCCGCCUCUACCUAGCAACCAACCGACUUUGCUGAGCAAAUUUGGAUUUCAGAAAAAACCUGCUUUGAAAAGGUGAUAACGAAUUGUGAUCAGUACACAUUGUCCGUGUGUGUAGAUGUAUAAAUAUUGUUAUUUUAAGUUUGAGCAUUUGAAAUGUGCAUUUAAUUUAUUAUGUUACAUGACUGAAUAUUGUUUUAUAUGAUCAUGAGCGCAGUAAUGUGGCAUUAUUGUUGACUGUAAUUAUGUUUAUAAUUUGUGUUAUAUAAGUGAAAAUAAUAAAUAAUUUUAUAAGUACAA